AUGCUCGUUUCGGCUCUGUUGACGUCGCUCGGAAUAAACUCCGGCCUCUGUGUCCUGUUCUUCACGCUCUACUCUAUCCUGCGAAAACAGCCCAGCAACUAUGAGGUUUACAUGCCGAGAGUGCUCGCCGAAGGAGAAUCCAACACGUCGAGUAUUUUCAACCUCGAACGGCUGAUUCCGUCACCCGAUUGGGUCAAGACGGCCUGGCAUCUCACCGAGGACGAUUUGUUGUCGUCCUCAGGAUUGGACGCCGUCGUUUUUAUGCGGCUUAUCAAUUUCAGCCUGAGAGUGUUUUUGUUUGCUGGAGUGAUUGGGGUCUUCGUUCUGCUUCCGAUCAACUGCUCCGGAAAUCAGCUUGAGUACGUUGACUUUACCGAUCUGUCGAACAACUCUCUGGACGUGUUUACCAUUUCAAAUGUGAACAAUGGCUCAAGCAAGUUAUGGAUUCACUUUGUUGCUGUGUACCUUGUCACCAUCUUUGUCUGCUGUCUACUUUAUUAUGAGUAUAAAUAUAUUUCUCAGAGAAGGAUCGACUAUUUUCUUUCAUCCAAACCUCAGCCACAACAGUUCACCAUCUUAGUUCGUAGCAUUCCUGUUUCUGCUGGGAGUGGUGUCAGUGAAAAGUUGACAGCUUCUUUAGGGAGUAUCACCCUUCAACAUAUCUGUCGCAUAUUGUUGUUCGUCGAACAAACAAGCUUCAAAGUCUCAUUGAUCCAUAGAGUUAAGAUACUGAGAAAGAUCAUGAAUGAUGCGAAAAAAUUAUAUACUAGGCUCAUUCACUUGCAAUCAGAUCCCAACCAGCAAAAGUAUAAACAUUCCAGUUGUUUUGGGUUGUUUGGACGCAAGGUUAAUCUUGUGGAUCAUUAUGAAAAGAAGCUUGAAGACAUAGAGGAGAAUGUGAGAUUGGAGCAAUCAGAGGUUUCAUUAGCAGGAGAAGAAGUCCGAUCUGCUUUUGUAUCCUUCAAGUCUCGAUAUGGUGCCGCAGUUGCUCUCCACUUGCAACAAUCAACCAAUCCUACACACUGGGUCACAGAGCAAGCUCCAGAACCUCAUGAUGUUUACUGGCCCUUCUUUUCGUCAUCAUUCCUCCGAAGAUGGAUAUCUAAGCUGGUGGUUAUACUUGCAUGCAUUCUCCUAACAGUCUUAUUCCUCAUUCCUGUUGUAGUUGUCCAAGGUCUUACUAACCUGAACCAAUUGGAAGUUUGGUUUCCCUUUCUCACUAGCAUUCUAACCAUCACAUUUGUUAGUCAAGUCAUUACAGGCUACCUCCCCAGUCUUAUCCUUCUGUUGUUUCUGAAAAUUGUGCCCCCUGUCAUGGAGUUCCUUUCAUCCAUUCAAGGAUAUAUUUCUAACAGUGAUAUACAAAAGAGUGCGUGUUCAAAAGUACUAUGGUUCACAAUAUGGAACAUUUUUUUUGCUACUGUAUUUUCUGGCACAGUUUUGUAUAAGGUUUCUAUCUUUCUUGACCCCAAGAACAUCCCUUCAAGGCUAGGUGUUGCUGUUCCAGCACAGGCUUCUUUUUUCAUUGCUUAUGUAGUCACAUCAGGAUGGACGAGUACUUCAUCAGAGCUCUUUCGCAUAUUUCCUUUACUCUGGAGUCUAAUAAAAAGACCUUUUACUGACAGUAGAGAUACUGAACUUGAAGUUCCAGGAAUUCCUUAUCAUAGUCACACCCCAAGAAUUCUUUUCUUUGUACUUCUCGGGAUCACAUACUUCUUCCUAGCUCCACUAAUUCUGCCUUUCCUCUUGGUUUACCUCUGUCUUGGAUACAUCAUCUAUCGCAAUCAGUUCAUAAAUGUAUAUGCACCUCAGUAUGAAACUGCAGGGAAGUUUUGGCCGAUCGUGCACAAUUCGAUGAUAUUUUCUCUGGUACUUAUGCAUGCUAUUGCAGUUGGAAUAUUUACAUUGAAGAAGCUCUCUCUAGCAUCAACCUUAGUUUUUCCUCUUCCAGUAUUAACACUUCUGUUUAAUGAGUACUGCCGGAAACGCUUCCUGCCCAAUUUCGUUGCUUACCCUGCUGAGAUUUUGAUCAGAAAGGACAGGCAAGAUGAGAACGAUCCUACAAUGCCUGAAUUUUUGGAUGGAUUGAUCAGCUUCUAUCAGGACCCAGCCUUGAUGCCUAUCCACUAUUCUGGGAACAGUGACAGACUUAACAGCCCUCUUUUAUCUUCUGUUCAUCAAGCAGAGGUUUGA